CACUCCUUGGGUUGUCGUCUACUUGGGAUUCGAAUCAAUUUGACUAGGAACGGAUCACAGAGACUGAGAGUGAAGACACCCACCCAAUCAACCUUGUGAAAAUGGCGACACCCCAAUUCCUAUCAUCCUUCCAGUACUCCGACAGUCUAACAGUCGUAGCUAUCUCCUUUUGCACUGCCAUUGUCUGCGAAGCCAUCUCAUGGCUCUUAAUCUACCGCACCAACUCUUACAAAUCCCUCAAAUCCUCUAUCGACAAAGCCGCCAAGAAACUCGAAACCAUGAAAACCGACCAAAACCCUAGCAAGUUGUCCACCAAAAAAUCCAAAACCAAGAAGAUCGACCGUGUCGAAACCAGCCUCAAAGAAUCCAGCCGUGACCUUUCCUUAUUCAAGUUCAAAUCUGGGGCUGUCGUCGCCCUCGUUUUGAUCGUCGUUUUUGGCUUCUUGAAUUCUCUUUUCGAAGGCAAAGUUGUCGCCAAAUUGCCCUUUAAGCCCAUCGGGAUCGUGAUGAAGAUGAGUCAUAGAGGAUUAAAAGGGGACGAUUCCACCGAUUGCUCCAUGGUCUUUCUCUACUUCUUGUGUUCCAUCAGUAUAAGGACUAAUUUGCAGAAGUUUUUGGGGUUUUCGCCGCCGCGAGGUGCUGCUGGCGCUGGGUUGUUCCCAAUGCCUGAUCCCAAGACUAAUUGAGUCUUUUUUUCAGGUUCCUUUUUUAUAAUUUAGCUACUGUUUGAGAAUCAAGAAUUUAGGUAAUGGAUAUUUGGAGUUUUGGGCUUUUAUGUGAUAAUUGGUGACGACAACUGGUUUUAUAUUUUAAAUCAUUGUUUUCUAAUUUUGAUUAUUGUUAACUUUUAUAAGUUCCGAUGUUUGAAUUCUAGAUUGGAAUAAUCAUUGCUUGAUUGUCAUCUUUCUCUAA